UCAAUCCUUUUCGAGCUUCCCCAGUCUUUCCUCCUUCUCUCUUCACCGUCUGCCUCUCAUUCAAAUACGUUUCACCCACACCCACACCCACACACACACUCCAGAAUCAUCUUCCUCUUCAAUCCUCUGUUUUUUCUAGGGUUUCUGCAAAACAGGAUAAAGAUCGAAUCUUUCAAGUUCAAUUUCAACAAACUCAUGGUGAGUCCAAUUGGGAAAAUGGAGCAUCAAGAUUUUGGUCCACCAUGGUUGAUACCAAUGCUAAAAGCUGAUUACUUUGCUACUUGUCGUUUCCAUGGUGAUGCUAACAAAAGUGAAUGCAAUCUGUUCUGUCUAGAUUGCUGUGGUGAUGCUCUCUGUUCUUACUGUUUGACCCACCACAAAGAUCAUCGUGUUGUGCAGAUUCGGCGAUCGUCGUACCAUAACGUGGUUAGGGUGAAUGAGAUUCAAAGAUUUUUGGACAUUACAUGUGUGCAAACCUACAUUAUCAAUAGUGCGAAGAUCGUGUUCUUGAACGAACGACCACAGCCAAGACCCGGGAAAGGAGUCACCAACCAUUGUGAGAUUUGCGGCCGGAGCCUUGUUGACGCCUUUCGGUUUUGUUCCCUUGGUUGCAAGCUUGGUGGCAUGAAGCGUGGUGAUCGCGAAUUGAGCUUCACACAAAGGAUGAAACAUGGUCGGGAUGGUUAUGAGCCAGACGAGCCAGUGACCCCCAAGAAAGUGCGAAAGCCGCAUGUGUUCAAUCAGCUUAUCGACACCCCUAUGUUUCAGUAUAAUCUUUAUGCUAGAAACGGUAAUUCUGAAAUGUCGUGUUCGUCUACAUCGGGCGAUGAAACCACCCACAACAUGUCUCCGGGAACCCCACCGAUAUCCAAUCACCGGAAUUCCAGUAGGAGAAAGGGCAUACCUCGGCGUGCACCAUUUUAAUAACCGCAGUGAAAGAAAAACAAAGGUGGUGUGGAGUUUAACCUUCAUGUAUUCGUCGCGUGCUAUGGUUUUAUUAUUUUGUGACGAGGUUUUUGAGGGUUCAAGGUUUACUCUAUAGAAAGGUGAAUAUACAUAUGAACAUAUAGUAUAGUUGUGAAAAAGAAAAAUGAUAUAUAAUGGUUACUAUAACUUAGAAUAAGGUUUUGUGUUUAUUGUCAUACAUACACAUGUGGUUGAAGUUGGGAAGAAAGAAGGUGAAAAUUGUAUACUAAAUGUACAGGAGUCCUUGCAAUGUAUAUGUAGAAUAUUGUGAAUGGUUAUAACUUGGUUUAUGAAGCCAAAACUUAAUAGUAA